AUGGCCGAGGCCAGUGCGUAUCGACAGACUGUCGUUGGUGCAAGACCAGCAAAGCAGCCACAGCAAGGCGCUGCCGCUGAGAUUUGCGAGUGUUUACAAGCUCUAUUCAGACAGGAGGAAGGCGGUCAUCCCGCAGUCGGGAUUGGCUAUUCCAUGAAUACAUCUUUUGCUUCUAGUGCGUUCGAAGCUGUCUGA